AUGGCUGUUACAUUUUCAGAAAUAAAAAAAUUUAAAGAAGACAAUUCAGAAAUUACAGGCAUACAAAAAAGGUUAAGGGAGAUAAAAGAUCGAUCGAGACGUAAUAAUUUAAGAGUGAAUGGAAUUAAUGAAAAUGAAGGUGAAAGCUGGGAGGAAAGCAAACUUAAGGUAAAAAAGGUUUUUGAAGAGUUACUAUCUGUUAAAAAUGUCCAAAUUGAACAGGCCCAGAGAAAAGGAAAAAAAGAAUCAAAUAAGCUGAGAACAAUAGUGAUAAAACUUUUGGACUUUAAAAAUAAAGUUGCAAUUUUGAGCAAGUCAAGCAAUCUGAAAUGGAAAAACAUCUAUAUAAACGAGGAUUUCUGUUCUGAAACAACGCAAACUCGAAAAGGUUUGAGGGAAAAAAUGAAAAUCGAACGAGCAGCUGGUAAGUUUGCAUUCAUAUCUUAUGAUAAAUUGCUAAUUCGCGAUUGGGUUGCAAAGAAAAGCAAAAAUUCAUCUUCAUAA